AUGUGAUAUUUUGCUAACAGACAAAUGUUUCAGCCUCCAACAAUGAUUGAGAAACACCAGCCACACUCAGGUAAAACCAUGAUUGCCCUUCUGCCUGAAGCAGGGGGCGACAAACAGGACCUGAACACACGACUCCGUCAUUAAAACCAGCGUACAGCAGUUCCUAAAGGGUGGAGAUCUGAAGAAGAGGAGUCAGGCAGGAGUUGUGUAGCUCUUCGUCUCUCUUUCUAAGAGCAUUAGCUCUGGAGGGUUCUGGUGGUGACGGGACUGUCAGGGUCAGAUGGGCGCUCAGCCUGAUUAGACCAGCUCACAGCAGAUCCUCAGCAGAGUGGCGCUCUGAGCUCAGGCAGCGUUUAGUGUUUCACAGAUUACUGCAGGACAAACUUUCACUCUGUGCAGCUGGACUCACGGCCACUUGUCGCUGAAAAGAAGGACGUUGGAGGCAAAGAAAAACUUGACACUGAUUCUGCCUUUGGAGAGGACACUGAAGAGUUAAGGGAACUGCUGGUUGAUGGAGUCUGUGCGGCAGAGUGGGGACUACUGCCACGCUCAACACCUUUAAACCAGGUCUGGGAUGAUGCUGUGUCAUGCAGUCCAGGGGCCAUGAACCCUGAAAGAUCACUGCCCUUUGCCUUAUGAACCCACCAGCUCAUGGGGGCAACAAGUGGAGCCUCAACACCCAUCGCUAUCAGGAAAGAAAAGAAAAAGAGAGCGUGAACGAGAGAAACAAAGACAAACUGGAUCAGUGACGAUCGCAGAGAUAAAAAAAAGAAAAAAACACACUAAGCUGACAGAGUAGCCUCCUGGACUAUAGGAUACUGUCAACAUAUGGGAUAGACAUUCAAACAGCAGACUCCAGAACUGGGAAAUUAUACUGAAUAGUUUGAACACAGAGAACGAUUCGCCCGGAGAUCACAUCGAAACUGAAGGUCAAAGGUCGUGCCGCAGUUGUAGAGGUUAAACUAGCCACCAUGAAUCGUCCGGCUCCAGUGGAACUGUGCCACAAGAACAUGAGAUUCCUGAUCACACACAACCCCACAGACAGCACACUCAACUCCUUCACCGAGGUCUUAAAACGAUACGGUGUCACGACCGUGGUGCGAGUUUGUGACUGCACCUACGACAAAACCCCACUUGAGAAAGAAGGUAUUACUGUACUGGACUGGCCCUUUGAUGAUGGAGCACCACCACCCAGUAAACUGGUUGAUGAUUGGUUGUGUUUGCUGAAGAAGAAGUUUCAKGAGGAUCCAGGAAGUUGUGUAGCUGUUCACUGUGUUUCUGGUCUGGGAAGGGCUCCUGUGAUGGUUGCUUUGGCUCUUAUAGAAAGUGGGAUGAAAUAUGAAGAUGCUAUUCAACUCAUAAGACAGAAAAGACGUGGAGCCAUCAACAGCAAACAGCUCACCUUCUUGGAGAAAUAUCGAUCGAAGCAGAGACUUCGUUUCAAAGAUUCUCACACGUUCAAGAACAAGUGUUGCACCAUGUGAAACCACAGAUUCAGACCUGACAAACAAACGCCUCAGGAACCCAUCAGUAAAAGCUUUGUUGUUUUACAACGAAUAAACACAUAAAUUCUCCUUCAGCCCAGCUGCCAAAUCUUAUUACAGAAAUGUUAACAAACAUCAGCUUUCUUCUGUGUUGAACAUUUUAUUGUCUUUAAUUGUCAUUCUUUGGCAUGUUUGCUUCAUUUUUAUGGAUUACGGUAAACAAGAGAAAUGAGCAGAAAAUGGAAAAUAAUUGAAUGAGAUAUCAUGUUUAAUGUAACUGUUUUUAUAUGAUUUAUCGAUGCUGAUUGGUCCUUGACACACCAAAAAUACAAUGACCUCAAAAUGUUUUGAACCUUUAGAUAAAAAGCGACUACGUUAAGAAUUCUGUAAUGUUUUACCAAAAAACAAAACGCCCAGAGACAGCACUCACAACAGAUGUUGACUACAUUUUGAACCCUAGCUACACUGAUUUUGAAACAGUUGAGGUUUUUUGUUGUCUAAGUCAUAUYCUYUGAAACAUAUUUGAAUUUUUGCACCUGUUUUGUUUUCUUGAAUGGCCCAAGAGUACAUUUCUUUCUGUCAUUUAAUUUAACAAAAAUGUUUUUUGCUGAUGCACUUUUCAUGAUUAUGUAUUUUACGUGUGAAUAUUUGAUCAGAAAAUCCUAUUCUUUCAAUCAUUUUUUGAGGAAACAAAUGAGAAAAUACAAAGUAAAAAAAAAGUUUAGAAGAAACAGACUGAUUGAGGAAUAAUGUGGAUUCGUGUGUUUGUGUUUUUGUGCAGCUUGUAGUCUUUAGAUGUUGUUAAACUGACAUGAGCUGAACCUUUAAUGUUAUAAAACUAA